GAGGCUGGGGGGGAAGGUUGAAUUCAAUCACCGAGGGCCACAGAUUUAACCAAUUGUGACUCUGUAAGGAAGCCUCCGUAGAAACCGAAGGGUGGGGUUCGGAGAGCUUCCUGGCUGGUGAACGUGUGGAGGUGCUGGAAGCACUUGGAAGCUCCUUCAGCUUCUCUGUGCCUCUCUUCCAACUGGCUGUUCCUGAGUUCCCUCUUUUUAUGAUAAACUGGUAAUCCAGUGGGAAAAUGUUUGGGAAGAUUAGGAACAUUCUAGAGAUAGAUGGUGGUGAUGGGCAACUGCCCAACUUCCAGCUGCCAACCUGCAUGUCUUUGCCCAAAGGCUUUCGCUGCCUGCUGGAGCUCGCUCUGCCAGCCACCAGCUGUGCCCCUCAGCCCAGCCAACAGGCUCAUACGUGCCACACAGGCAAAGACGUCCCUGCAUUUCCUCAUCCUGCCCGUGAGCACAACCUUCCUUCCAUACUCCUUCAGCCAAGGCCGCCUUUCCUUGCAAACCACUGGUCUUCUUCAAGUGAAUAUGCCCAAGGUGGUAUUGGAAUGCUAUGUAAGAAAGGACUUGGUCUACACCAAAGCCAACCCAACCUUUCAUCACUGGAAGGUCGACAAUAGGAAGUUUGGACUUACUUUCCAAAGUCCUGCCGAUGCUCGAGCCUUUGACAGGGGAGUGAGGAAAGCAAUCGAAGACCUUAUAGAAGGCUCAACCACAUCAUCCUCCACCAUCCACAAUGAAGCUGAGCUUGGUGAUGACGACGUUUUUACGACAGCUACAGACAGCUCUUCUAAUUCCUCUCAGAAGAGGGAACAACCCACCCGGACAAUCUCCUCGCCCACAUCCUGCGAGCACCGGAGGAUUUACACCCUGGGCCACCACCACGACCCAUACCCCACGGACCACUAUCACCUCGAACAGCCGAUGCCCAGGCCCUACCGCCAGGUGAGCUUCCCGGACGACGACGAGGAGAUCGUGCGCAUCAACCCGCGGGAGAAGAUCUGGGUGACGGGCUACGAGGACUACCGGCACGCGCCCGUGCGCGGCAGGGCCCCGGACCCCGCCGAGGACGCGGACUCCUACGUGCGCUUCGCCAAGGGCGAGGUGCCCAAGCACGACUACAACUACCCCUACGUGGACUCCUCGGACUUCGGCCUCCGUGAGGACCCCAAAGGGCGCGGGGGCGGCGUGAUCAAGACCCAGCCCACGCGGGGCAAGUCGCGGCGGCGGGAGGACGGCGAGCGCUCCCGGUGCGAGUACUGCAGGGACAUGUUCAACCACGAGGAGAACCGGCGGGGCCGCUGCCAGGACGCGCCCGACGCCGUGAGAACUUGCAUCCGCCGGGUGAGCUGCAUGUGGUGUGCGGACAGCCUGCUCUACCACUGUAUGUCGGACCCCGAGGGCGACUACACAGACCCCUGCUCGUGCGACACCAGCGACGAGAAGUUUUGCCUCCGGUGGAUGGCUCUUAUCGCCUUGUCCUUCUUGGCCCCCUGUAUGUGCUGUUACCUGCCCCUCCGGGCCUGCUACCACUGCGGCGUGAUGUGCAGGUGCUGCGGCGGCAAGCACAAAGCGGCCGUGUGACUCCGCGCCCCGCCCUCCCCGCCGUGCACCGCCCCGAGGGAGCUUGUCUCCCACACACGCUCGUCCUCUCCCCUGCCCCCCGGGGCGCCAUUCCAGCCUGGGGCACCCUCUGGCGGACUCGGCACCUCCCAG